AUGUCAUCGUCGUCCCUGAUGAGGCCCAGGACCUUGGUGUCAUCCGCAAACUUGACCAGUUUGAUGGAGGAGUGGCUGGAGAGGCAUUCAUUGGUGUACAGGGAGAACAGUUUGGGGGAGAGGACACAACCUUGUGCGGCUCUGGUGUUGGUGGUGAGGGGGACCAACAGGAAGCUGCCAACUCACACUUGUUGCUUCCUGUUGGCCGUCUGGGAGGGUGGUGUUGAAGGCCGAGCUAUAAUCCACAAACAGGGCCCUGAUGUAGGAGCUCAGCUGGUCCAAGUGCAUCAAUAUGUGGUGGAGUCUGAGGUUGAUGUUGUCGUCAACGGAAAUAAUCUGAUUCAUAAUGAAUGUUCCAUCUCCGGCUCUGAACUUUUAGAUCUUCUUCUGCCUACAGUGAGGGUGGAUCGACCUGUGAUCACAGAGACAGACUCGGUUACAUUAAACUGUGUGACUCCAUCACCUUUUUCUGUGACUCAGUGUGAUUUCUACAUUGAAAAUAAAAAAAAAUCUGACAGCUACUCGUGCAUGCAGACAAUCACAGGAGCAGAGUUGCUGAAGGUCACAAACAGAAUGUCACCUACUGAGGUUAAAGUGAGAUGUUCUUAUACUGUAAAGGAUGGAGGUAUUUACCAUUUAUCUCCAAGCAGUGGUGAAUCCACCAUAAUUAUUAACAACCUUCCUCAAGCUCUACUGAGAGUGAAUGCAUCUGUGAUCACAGAGACAGACUCAGUCACUCUGAACUGUGUGACUCCAUCAUCUGUUCCUGAGUGUUUUUACGGCUUUUUGAAAGAAAAUCCCUCCAAAAGAUUCUCUUGUCUGAAGACACUGACAGGAGCCGAGUUGCUGUCUUUAACACAUCAAAGCUCACCAGCCAAAGUUGAUGUCACCUGUUUUUAUCUAAAUUCCAAUCCAUCUCCAGAGAGUAACAUCGUUACCAUCGACAUACAACUUCCUUCUCCUGAGCUGACAGUGAAUCCGCGGCUGAUCUCAGCGACAGACUCAGUCACAUUAAACUGUGUGGCUCCAUCAUCUGUUUCUGAGUGUUUUUUGUACUUCAUGGGGACCAAAAUUUCAAGAACCAUCUCCUGUGUGCAGACCCUGACAGGAACUGAGCUUCUGGUGAUGGCACAUCAGAGUUCACCUGCUGAGGUCGAAUUAAAAUGUUAUUACGCUGUAGCGCAAAGAGGAGGAAAAUACUUUUCUCCAAACAGUAACAUCUGUUCAGUCAUCGUACAAACUAAACUCACAGUGAAUCCAGCAGUGAUCACAGAGACAGACAUGAUCACUCUGAGCUGUGAGGCUCCAUCGUAUGUUUCUGUGUCUCAGUGUUAUUUCUACAAUAAGAACAGUGGCACUGAGAAACCCCUUCCAUGUCAUCAGACACUGUCAGGAGCUGAACUUCUGCAGAUAUAUGAUCUCUCCUCACCUGGUGAGGUUAAUGUGAACUGUUAUUAUAUUGCACAGUCUGGAGCAGUAAAGUCUCCUUACAGUGACUUCUCCUCCAUCAAAAUACAAGGUCCUUCUCCAGCUAAACUCACAGUGAAUCCAGCAGUGAUCACAGAGACAGAAAUGGUUACUCUGAGCUGUGAGGCUCCAUCGUCUGUUUCUGUGUCUCAGUGCUAUUUCAACAGUUCUGAUGGAGGAACCAUCAGAGAACUCUCCUGUCAUCAGACACUGAAAGGAGCCAAACUUCUGCAGAUAUUAGGUCUCUCCUCACCUGCUGAGGUUAAAGUGAGCUGUUAUUAUACGGCACAGUCUGGAGCAGUAAAGUCUCCCUACAGUGACUUCUCCUCCAUCAAAAUACAAGGUGAGUGA